AUGGCCUCACUGAACCAGCGUCGUCCUAUGGACGCCCCCCUCGACGGUCCUGUCCAUGACGAGAAGCCCACGGGUCUCCUCACCCGCUUCAUCCCUGCCCGCCUCCAGCACUCCAAAUUCUACGGCCUCUUGCUGCGUCUCACGCGCGUGCUGCAAUUUCUCUCAUCCGUCAUCUCUCUCGGUAUCUUCUCUCAGCGUCUCUUCAAGGUCUAUCGCCUCGUCAACUCCAUCAAGACUCGCCGUGGUGUCAACGGUUCCUACGGCGCGGUCGAGGGCAUCCUUGCCGCCGCCGUGUUGUACACCCUCAUCAUGACCAUUCUCGGAUGCAUCAAGAAGAACUCUAGUCCCGGCACCAAGACUUGGCUCCGCUGGUUGUGGGUCGUGCUCGACAUCCUAUUCGUGGGCGCCUUCAUCGCCGUCGCCGUGAUCACCUCGCCCAAUGGUGGCAUGGCUGGCCCGAGGCAUUGCUACAGCGAGGGACGUCUUAGUGAUGGAUCCAACAGCGCUACUGGCGAGACCGCAAGCACCGAUGACACUUGUGACCUGCCGUGGGGUACCUUUAUUCUGAGUAUCAUCAGCACUCUCCUCCACGCUAUCACUGCUUCCUUCCACGAGGUCAGAGACCAUCGUCGCAGAAACAAGCUCAAUAUCGCUGAGGAGGAGAAGACUAUUCAUACCGCACCCGUCGACAAUACAUCCGGCCAUGUUAGGGGCGCCCACUCUGGACCCAUCGGACAAGGACAAACUGGACAUACUGGGAACACAGGAGGGUACACCAACAACACGGUACCUGCUGCAAACAACACUCGCUACUAG